GCAGCACCCAACACCGGAAAGCACACAAUACACAGUCUCUACAGCCGCCCUUUCUCAAGUUUCCAAAGCCUUCGCGAACACCACACCGCCACAAUGGUUCCCGACGCGCCCCCACCGCACCGCCUGAUCUCCAGCAAACCCAUCAGCAUCUCCGCCGCCUCCACAAUCCUGCAAACCUACAUCACCAACUCCGAGUCGCACCCACACCUGCACCCCGAUGCACUCAUCACCCCGACCGGCGUAACGUUUUCCUCGCACGGCGGUCCGACAGGCGGCGUCGUACUGCACAACCUGCGUCGCGUCGCAGCUGGGCUGCGCGGCGAGUACCUCGAGCCCGAGCUCACACCGGAGCCGGAAGAAGAGGGUCUUGAAGGAGACAACGGGAAGGAGUGGAAAGGUAAGAAGGGUCGCGGCAGGAAAACGACGUUCACGGAUGCGGAGGCGGGGACUGUGGAGGUCGAGUGGCAGGACAAAGAAGCGUAUGAGCGGGAGCAGGGCGAGAUGGAGGUGGGCGAAGUGGGUGAGCGGACAAAUGUUGUUGGGGAAGGGGGCGAGGAGCCCGAGGUUGAGAUUACGGGGGAGAAGCGCAAGGGUGGUGAUGCCAAGUUGGACAAGGAGGCUAGGAAGAAGGCGAAGAAGGAGAGGGAUGCGCUGAGGAAGAAGGAGAAUGAGAAGAAGAGGGCGGAGAAGGCGUGAGCUUGAAAGAGAGAGAUGAUACCACUAGCGCGGCGUUUGGGAUUGCACAUUUUCUAUGGAGUGGUGAUGGGUAUGGAGAAGGCUGAAGGCAGUCAGUACUGCCCACGGCGAGCAGCGGCUUCUAGCGUUCGAGGGCACACUCCGAGAUUCGCA